UAAACAACUGGUGCUAAAUAACUGACCCUAGUAGCCACUGCUGGCCCAUACCAAAAGCCACAUAUCUCCACACCACCUAAACCCCUUCAUCCUUACGCCGCGCCAUUUCAUCCCGUACGCACAACCCUCGCACUAUUCUCCUGCAGGUACAGUAGCGAUUACUCCCGCAGCCAUUACGAUCCAUGGCCACUGUGUAACGGGGGCUUUGCGGUACUCACACCAUUGCUCUAGCCGCGACUCUGGCUCGGCAUACCUGUUAAAUGGUACGGGGCGGAAAGCCAAAAUAGCAUGACAGAGUCUACACACCGGGAUGUCGCUACCAACUCAAUCACUUCAGGAGGAGGAGGCUCGACGGGUUUCCUCUCCAAGAUCACGAGAUCGCCCUCCCGCAGGCACAAGCCGCUAGGAUCUAACGGCUCACGCGGCUCCAUCGAUGCGACUCUUUCACCACCACGUCCUACCCCUCGACCAGGAUACCCUCGAACGACGACUGCACCGGCAGCCAUCAAGGCUGACUUGAUUUCACGCGCCAGCAGCGAUGUGAGCAGUCUUACACUAACAGACAACAUGGCUCUUCCACUGCCCGUACCCCUCCUCACGAAUGGCUCCAGCAGUUCACGAGCGCCGCUCUACAGGAUUCCGAGCAAUACUACACAUGAUGGGGGUGGUCCCGUCAAAACGGAGUUGGAUGUUGCGUCUGCACUUGCCAUCAAUGGAAUGCUCUCAGCCAAUGUGGUUUCGGGCGGCACCAAUGCAACUACACUUUAUACUCACAUACAAGAGUUGGCAAACAAGAGGAUCGCUACGUUGGACUUUUUGCGCAAAACGCAUGAGGGACGGUCGUUCUGGUUCAAUACAGUGCAGUUCAGUGAAGCCGACAUCGCCAAAUUACCUUCUUAUACCCCCAAUCGACUAUCACGGCGGGCCGUGAACUACAUGUUAUUGGGCAUGUCCAUACCACCCAUUCUAGACCUUCACCCACAGCCUCAUCCUCAAAGCACUGCGACCAUCAGCGCAUCAAUUGCGCAAGACUACCUGAAAAAUCUGAACAUGCUCCUUACCGAGUUCGAGUCUUUCCAACAAUUACAUCCUCCGGACGGGAGCUCAGCAGGCUCCUUGAGUCGAGCAAGGAUCCCGCAGAUGUUCAAAAGAGCGACGGCAACCUCGAGACCGAGGAAGUCAAGUGGUCCUGUCACAGAUAUUGGUCUGCCCAUGCUUCCGCACACUUCGUCACCACCAAAUGAUCACGGCCCACAACCAUCAUUCGAAACGACCACCAGCGGAGCAUCUUUUGCUUCCUCUGCGAGCACCAUGACAACGGCAUCCCCUUCGGUGUCUUUUUCGACGGCCAGCUUUCCAACCACAUCAACGUUCCCUGCUCCUGGGCCAGUGGACGCGCCGAAUGCAACACUCUUACCGAACGAAGGUCCUUAUACCCAUCUUCAGACGCCGCCUUUACCUUUCAACCCUGACUUUUUCACCGUCUUCGCCACCCUGUGCGAUAUUUUGAUAGACACGUACCAGAGAUUAUUGCAAAUCUUGACGACCCCGUCAACAUGUACGCCUCUGGUAAGCGAUCUUUUCACGAAAGUUGACGGACGAAUACGGAAAGUGAUGAUAUCCGUCAUUGUAAGAGAAUUUGAGACUGCUUCGAGAGAAUCCGCGAAGAGAGAAUUGAUGGGAGUGCAGAAGGUGGUACUCGGCGGAUUGAUGGCUUGAAGCAGAUAUGAUAUGUUUUCUUAUUGUACAACCAUUUCUGGAUAAAUUAGUAAGGCGUUGGGAAGAACCCCCGGGCAGAAACGGUCCAUGUAAGGAUGGACAGACAACAAUGGAAUUGUUUGCGAGCUUGUACAACAUGACCAAUGGGGCAUAUGUCGACAAAGCUAUGAUAUAACAGACGAGCAUUGUUGUUUUGCGUCGAUUCCAAACUGGGCGACAUGCUCCUCUGCUCCCAUGCAUCAUUUCUUGACCGGUGAUUGCACCUGUAGUGACGACCUAUCGUGGGCUGCUUGGGACUUACUCAGGCUCAAGCGUUCUUACAGGUAUCGUGUAAUGCCAGAUGCUAAAACAUAGCAGGCAGUCCAUAUGUGGCUGUUGCAGAGAGAUUCUUU